UUACUGGCAAGAAACAUGCCUGACAUUGGUUCUCCAUCCCCUGAGCUCUUGUACUUGAUUCUGGCACAUCUAGGCAAAAUCUCUGCAGCUUCUUAUACCAGUAUCUGUACAAAGUGGCAGCCACUGAUUGAAAAGCGAACCUUCUCCUAUCGUCUUCGGACUCCUGACCGAUUCCCCGAAAUCGCGCGCAUUGUCUUCCAGAUAUCUCCCUGAUGCAGCUACCAGCGGUAUCUGGAUCUCUACAUUCUUCUUUCUGCA